CCUAUAGACAACGUGAUGACAGCUGUCCGAGGACACGCCCCCUUUUCGGCUGCGUGUAAAUCCUGCUCCCGACGGGGACGAGCUGUCUGUCCCAGGCUGCAGCAACAGGACACUUCGCCCUACAGCCGAGGUAAAGUCAGCUCUUGCUGUGGAGAAGAGAACAGUGGAGUGAGCAGGAGAGGAUCCCUGUUAGUGUUGCAUUACAACUUGCUCUCCCUCAUCAAAAUGGGAGCUGUGGUCUCACGAUGGAGGGCAAAACCAUCAACCGUGGAGAUUUUGGAAGGACUUGAAAAGGACAUACAGACUCUUGAAGAAUACAGCGUGAAAUAUCAAAGACAGUUGAAGAUAUGGGCUGGCAGACUGCUCCUUUACUCAUCUAUACUCUACUUGAUCACUUGCAUGGUUGUGUAUUUCUGGUACUUGCCGGAACAGCUGAUGGGACGGCUCAUCUUAUCUCUUCCUUUUGUUAUAUUUCCAUUUUUGGUGUGGCUGCUUCGCAAGAUGCUUGUAUUUAUAUUUUCACGAAGAACUGAAAAAAAUAAUGAAAAGCUAGAAGAUGUAAAAGCACAGAAAAGGAAAAUACUUGAAGAAGUUAUGGAGACUGAGACAUACAAAAAUGCCAAAAUGAUUCUGGAGAGAUUUGAUCCUGAUUCAAAGAAAAAGAUGGAACUUGAAUGCUCUCCAGUUGGACCUCAGUUGACCCCGAAACCAGGUCAAGAGCUCCGCCAGCGCAACGUAAUCCCCAAACUCCCCCCAGUGGUUGUGAAUUCUGCCAGUGGUGCUGCUGCCCGCCCUCCUCUUGCCUCUGGGCCCAACUAUCCUGGACGAUCUUCCCAUUCUGCUCCAGGUGGACCCCCAGAGAGGAACCUGUCAGCUGUAGCUGCUCAGCAGAGUUUGAUGAGGAAGCCUGUGACCCCAGGAACACCUGUUCCAGGAGUUGGCAGGCACCCUCCAGGCCCACCCCUGGCCAGACCCGUGCUCCCCAGGGACAGAGGUUUGAUGGACAGAGUCAUUGAGUGUCUUGUUGGAGAUGGGCCUCAGAACAGAUAUGCUCUCAUAUGUCAGCAGUGUCGGUCACAUAACGGGAUGGCAUUAAAAGAGGAAUUUGAAUACAUCGCUUUCCGAUGUGCCUAUUGUUUUUUCUUCAACCCUGCAAGGAAGAUCCGUCCUCAAGGUCCCAGAUUCCCCGAAGUCACGGAAGAGUCCAAGAUUUCUUCGGAGGGACCAAUCCCAUCAUCGACUGCUAAUGUUGAUGAUCAAUGUGUUUCAAGGAAACCCAAGCUCGAUGAUGUCCCAGGAACGGAUAAAGAACCGACCACAGAGCUCAGCUCUAUGUCAGACAGCCUGGAUGCUCCAGAAUCACUUGACCUUCCAUCUGAGAAAUCUGAUGGAGAGCAGGAUGUUUCCGCCAUGGAAGUGGAAUAAAGUUACAGAAUGCAGAUUUUUGAAGUUUUUUUUUGAACAGUUGCAAUGAUUAGUUUACUACUAAAAAGCUAACAUGGCUUUUCGCCAAAAGAUGGUCUUUUUUUUUUUGUAAAGUUGCUUUUAAAACCUUUAGCAAUAGCUUGCAGCAUCUUAGAAGCAACUCUGAUAAACACUUACUCUAAAUGCAUUAUUUAAUAUUUGUUUUAUGUUUUUCUUUCUUUAACUGUUAUUUCUGGGAAUGAUGGAAAAUCUUUAUUUAUGUGAUGUUAUUUAUAGCUAUUUUUGUUAAGUGCUCUCAUGACCGACUUUCUGCAGCAGCUCUAACGCGUUUACACAAUCAUGUUACAAUAAAGGAACGCACAAUACACUUUAUUACUGAAAGAGGAAAGCAUGUUUGUGAGCAAGGGUGACUCCAAGUGCCUUUUUACAUUUUGACUGUUUCAAAGUGCUUAUGAAUUAAGUAUUUGUAUGAGUGGCAUGAUGUCUACCUGUUUCUCGUCCUAAAUGAUAUUACAAAUGCUUGAAUAGCUUUUAUGAAGAAAUUCUAUUAAAAUUGAAAAAUUUGUACAAACUCUGGA